UGGGGCGAGGUAAAUGGGCCUCGAGGCAGUCUUUCUCAUGGCCUUGUGAUUCUGCAUCUGGUCGAGUGGGUAAUGUCUCAUUUGUUUGAUUUUCGCUCACUGGAUAAUGUUGCUGUUUUUUCCCGUGAGGCUUUGGAAGCCAUGAAGGAAAAGUAUGUUCCAUUUGCUGUUGUUAUGGCUGCAGCUGGAGUAUUGAGAGCCUUGAAUAAGUCUGCAGCCAGUGGCCAGCGAAUGGAUAUACUAUCAAGGCUAAGAAUUUCUGCAGAGGAUCGGAUGAGUCUGUGGCGUGGUCUUUGAUUUCCGUAACAAGUGAUUUUGCCAAUUCAGGAAAAGAUCUUACAGUCAGCCUUUGCCUACAGUGUCUCUCAUUGGCGUUGGCACGAUGUGGACCAGUGUCUCCUCGUUCUCCUUUUUUUGUAUGCCUUGCUACUGCGUUAUUGACUGAAAUCUUUCCAUCAAGACAGUUUUUUGCAAAAGUGCUUGAAGCCUUGCAUGUCAAUUCAGCUGGACUGUUGCAUAAGGAGCUUAAACAACACCUGGAAAGUGCUAGUGUUCUGUGCAAUCAGUAUGUCUCAGUGGAUGAAGAGAGCCAAAAUAUAGUCGAGAAUCUUAUGUGGAAUUACUGUCAUCAUAUUUAUGUAGAGCAUCGGAAAGUGGCUUUGGCACUUCGAGGUGAAAAGGAUGAGUCACUUGUGGAUUUGGAGAGAACCGCUGAAUCUGCUUUCCUUAUGGUUGUAGUUUUUGCAUUGGCAGUCACGAAACACAAAUUUAACUCAAAAUUGAACGAGGAAACUAAAAUGGACUUAUCGGUUCAAAUACUGGUUGCAUUUUCUUGUUUGGAGUACUUCCGACGCAUCUGUUUGCCUGAGUAUAUGGAUACAAUUCGAGUUGUUGUUGUAAGCAUUCAAGAGAAUGAUUCUGCUUGUGUCUCAUUUGUAGAAUCAAUGCCCACUUACAUUGAUUUAACAAAGGGUCCUGUCCUCACUCUCCAGCGUAAAACGGAGUACAUAUGGUGCAAAGAUGAGGUUCAAACUGCACGAAUUCUUUUCUACCUGCGAGUAAUUGCUACUUGCAUUGAGCGUUUGCCUAGCCCUGUAUUCGGGAAGGCAGUAGCUCCAACUAUGUUCUUGUAUCCUUUACAAAAGACUCGGUCUUGAUGGAAAUACUUUAUUUGCAUAAAGUCGAUAUUUUACUUCCUUAUCACAACGCAAUCAGAUAUUUGGGACAUCCCAAUGGAAAAGUGGCUCGAGCCUCGCAUUCUCUGUUUGUCUCAUUCGUAUCU